AUGGUGCUGAUAAGAGCAGAGUCUCACCUUAAUACCCCUAUGUACUUCUUCCUCUUCCAUUUAUCCUUUAUUGAUAUCUACUAUUCCUCGGUCACGGUGCCUAACAGACCGAGGAACUUCCUAGCAGUGCACAAAAUUAUUUCUGUCAAUGGCUGCAUUGUCCAGAUGUUCUUCAUCCUCCCCUCAGUUGGUGCUGAGAUUCUCAUUCUCUCAGCAAUGGCUUAUGACCGCUACGCUGCCAUCUGUGACCCAUUGCGUUACAUGGAGAGAAUGAGCAAAGGGAUCUGUGUUCAGCUGGAGAGUGGUGCUUGGGCAAUAAGUUUCUUCCAUGCCCUGCUUAACACUGUUUUUACUCUGAAGUUACAUUUCUGUGGGCCCAAUCAAAUCAGCCAUUUCAUCUGUGAGCUCCCUAAUCUAUUAAAACUGUCCUACACUAUGACCCUCACCAAUCUAGUGGUGCUUCUUACUUCUGUUCUGAUAUUUGGAUCAAGCUCCUUUCUCCUCACCCUGAUCUCCUACAUUCACAUCAUCUCCACCAUCCUGAGGUUACGCUCUACGGAGGGCAUGCAUAAAGCCUUCUCCACCUGCAGCUCCCAUCUUAUUGUGGUUGGCUUGUUCUCCAGUACACAAAACCCAGCUCAGUCUCUUCUGCCAUGCUGGAUGAAAUAUUCUCCAUCCAGUACAGUGUCUUGA